AUGACAAAGCUCGAGAACCAGGAUACUUCGGCUCGUCGCCAAAAGAAAGAGUCUCCAGAUCCCGCCGCUCACGAAAGACCUGACUCGCCUCCCUUGAUAGAUGCAGAUUACAUCGCAUUCGACAUCUCAAAUCAAGGAGCAACUCUUGUCCCCCAAGGCUGCUCCCUUAGACCCUCUUGUAACCAACCUUUCAAAUCGAAUUCUCUCGGCUUCAAGCUCGGUCGUACCGCAAACUAUGUCAUCCAUCCCGAGUCAAUCGGAUCUGUCCACUCAGCCCUCUUAUUUUACACCGUUCACGGCGUAUCCUAG